AUGACUAACACAGAGCCGCCAGAGUUUCGACCCGGCGCUGAGUUUCCUGGCAGUGAAGAGAUUUUUGAAAUCAGCGAUUUCACUGUCGUUACUGAACUUGAACAAUUUGUGGUUUCUGUUGAGGCGAUUAUACAUGAAUGGGGCCUUUCUGGGACAGAAACUCGACCUGGACCACCAAAAUUAACAAAUAUCACUAAAUGGGACUCAAAAUCGGAGAAGAUUCAAUUCGGUGAGGGAAAUCAUUUGCGAAUCACUCAUUUCUGGCCGGAUAUUGAAGAGGCUUUAGAGGCACUUCCCACUCCUUCAACUAGCUCCAUCGCCCAUCUUGGCUAUCAUUCUUUAGGUCUUGCCUCUCCGGACUCCGAUUUUUAUCCAAGAAAUAAUAUUGUGGCUAUGUAUGCAGCGACUGAGCACAUUGUGUUUUCUCCUUGGCAUCCUGAAGAUGAUAAGAUUGUGAAUGAGGAUCAAAAGAAUACGAUUAUAUCAGCGAUUCGGAUAGCGGCGCUAUCAUGUGAUUGUGAACUCCCAAUGUUUCUACAAUAUAGUGGCCUUGAGCGACAACUUUAUCACGGUGUUUUAAUCACACGAUCGACUGUGACUAUGUAUGAGGGAGCUCACCUCCAAGCCGGUCAAUCAAGACAUUCUCAUCUAUCUGGCUUACUGCAAAUGUUUAAAGAGAAAGUGAAAUGCCCAAUCCCGCUGAUCGACGCUAGCGAUAUUCGAGUCUCCGCGCAAAUCGAGAUCACGCAUAAGAUUACUAGUGCGGAGAUGAACGACGAUCAACUCAUCGAUGUUUGCCGCGUUCCAUUUGGAUCUGAAUUAAACCCGAUAAAAAGCUUAGUUCUGAUUGCUUUGUGGCCAAAUUUGAAAGAGGAGAUUCUCAACGAGGAUGAGACUCUCUCCGAUUUGGAUCCGAUGAGCGCGUUUGCUUGGUCGGCUCGAGUCAAUUUCACCCACGUGGAUCGAUUUUUAGAUGAUGCCCUUCACAAACUCUUGGAUUUACCCAUUUCAAAAUUCCACUUCGAAACGGCUGCCCUUCUAUUAGGAAUUGACACGAAUUCACCAACUUCUGGUGCUCGUGCUUUUGAUGGACUGACCGGUUCAUCGAGAUCUCUUCGAAUCGGUGCCUCUCAAUCACUCACUAACCCAGCUGGACUCAAUCUUGAAGAUCCACUGCUACCAUUGCCAAACGAAAUCAUGAACUAUUGGAUAGGCGAAAUUUUUAUGAAGAAUCGCUCUGAGACACCAAAUGAUGAAAUGCAAAGCUUGGAGCUUAAGGAGAAACAUUUCGAUAAGAAAAAGACGGAGAAAGAGAUUGUUGAAGAAUUAAAAAAGAAGUUCAAGAUGGUUAAAAGUGCUCCAGAAGGAUCAGUAACGGCAAGACUUGGCAAUGCUUUCACUCAUUCUCUCGUCAAAGCGAACUAUGGACCGACAACGUUUGCACAGGUGUGGUACGAAUUCGUUCGUAAACUCCGUUACUUCUACGAGAACAAUAAGGAUAUUCCUGGAAUGACUUCUGUAGAGUAUCCAGAUCUUUCCAUGUGUCUCCUACAUCAAAAAAUCGAGAUGCUUCAAUGUUGUAUUACGGCAAGAAAAAAAAGACAUGCGCUUUAUGAAAGUUGCAACAAUUUUACUAAUGAUGAAUUUUUCGAUGCAGAAGAGGAUCUUUCAGAUGAUUCUCAGAGAGAAGAGCAAAUCCAAUGCACUGAGCCUUUUGGAAGACUUCGUUUAUUGGAUGAAGAGAUGAUGCUAAAAGAUCAUCCGGAAAUUCCGAUUUAUGUACCGAUUACACAAGAUCGAGAACCGAUGACAGAGGAUAUGAUCGAAGAACAUGCUCAUUAUCUAUCAUCAUUGGAAGAUGGACAAGAGAGAACCGAAGCUCAAACAGAUAUGCUCAAAAGUGAUAUGCAGGCUUUUAAGGCUGCGAAUCCUGGGUGCUCUUUUGAAGAUUUUCUCCGUUGGCACUCACCUAAAGAUAUCAUUUGGAAUGAAGAAGAGAGAAAAUGGGAACUCUCAGAAAGAAUGCUGAUCCCAGAGAACUCUUGGCUCAAUUGUUGGGAACACUCUAUGCCUGUCCCCGUUGUACACCAAAAACGACUCUUUAAUGAAAGUAAACGAGCUGAAGAGAUCCUUUCAUGGUUGGAGAGUUCGAAAUGCGGUCAAAUUAGUGAGCUUAUUAGGCCAGUGGUUUUCGCUCAAGCUGUGAGAUAUCUCUUGAAUGAAGUUGAACCAGUGCUUUCAUUGAUUGAACCAGAAAAGAUCGUCUUCUCAACGAUUCGUGCUUGUCGAUCCGGAUCUAGAGACGAUUUUCUCGAAGCGGCUAGAGAAAUUAGACGAAUAGAGACAAUUCUCUUGCACUAUCAAGCGAUAUUCUCAGCUCUUGAUCUACCAAUGGCAAAGAAUGGUCCAGCUCGAGAUGUGGUGGCUUUAAAAGAAUUUGUCUUGAAGCUGAUUGAAGAAGAGAAAUUGAUAAAAGACAUUCCUGAAGAUUGUGUGAUCAGUCAUGGUGUUCCGAUUAUUGGAGGACCAAACGAGUUUGUUGGAGAUUCAAUGCAAAAAUUGAUACUUAAUUCGAAGCAGAAAUCAAAGCCGAAUGUUACAAAACGUCAAUACGUCUUGCGAUGGUUAGUACCUCGACCAAGUGCUCAAUCUCGUCUCUGUCCUCAACGUCUUUUUGCAUCACUUUCCAAAAAAGAAUUCCGUCUAUGUGGUGCUUAUACAGAUGAUGCGAUAUUUAGA